GCGGCGCCCCUCGCCCGGCUCCGCUGCCUGGCUCCUGCCUUCGCCCUGCACAGCCCCUGCGCCUCCGACCUGCCGGCGCCUGUCCUGCCUGACGAUGAAGGUGUGGCUGCUGCUGGGCCUUCUGCUGCUGCACCAAGCGCUGGAGGAUGUUGCUGGCCAACACCUUCCCAAGAACAAGCGUCCAAAGGAGCCGGGAGAGAAUAGGAUCAAACCUAGCAACAAAAAGGUGAAGCCCAAAAUUCCUAAAAUAAAGGACAGGGACUCAGCUGAUUCAACACUGAAGACGCAGUCUAUCAUGAUACAAGUGAUGGAUAAAGGUCGCUUCCAGAAACCAGCUGCUACCUUGAGUCUGAUGGCAGGGCAAACUGUGGAGCUCCGAUGUAAAGGGAAUAAAAUCGAGUGGAGCUACCCUGUGUAUCUGGAUACCUUCAAGGACCUCCGCCUCAGUGUGAAGCAGCAUGAGCGCUAUGGCCAGCUGACCUUGGUCAACUCCACUGCGGCCGACACUGGUGAAUUCAGCUGCUGGGGGCAGCUCUGCAAUGGCUACAUCUGCAGGAGGGAUGAGGCCAAGAUGGGCUCCACCUACAUCUUUUUUACAGAGAAAGGAGAACUCUUUGUACCUUCUCCCAGCUACUUUGACGUCGUCUACCUGAACCCAGGCAGACAGGCUGUGGUCCCUUGUCGAGUGACGGUGCCUUCUGCCAAGGUCACGCUCCACAGGGAGUUCCCAGCCAAGGAGAUCCCAGUCAACGGGGCGGACAUCUUUUACGACCUGAAGAGAGGCUUCGUGUAUCUGCAACCCCAUGCUGACCACCAGGGGGUGGUCUACUGCAAAGCCGAGGCCGGCGGCAGCUCUCAGGUCUCCAUCAAGUACCAGCUGCUCUACGUGGAGGUUCCCCGUGGCCCUCCAUCAACAACCAUCCUGGCCUCCGCCAACAAAGUGAGAGGUGGGGACGACAUCAGUGUGCUCUGCACUGUGCUGGGGGAGCCGGACGUGGAGGUGGAGUUCAGGUGGAUCUUCCCAGGGCAGAAGGAGGAGAGGCCUGUGACAAUUCAAGACACCUGGAGGCUGAUCCACAGAGGCCUGGGCCACACCACCAGGAUCUCCCAGAGUGUCCUCACAGUUGAAGACUUGGAGACCAUUGAUGCAGGAUAUUACAUCUGCACUGCUCAGAAUCUCCAAGGACAGACGACAGUCGCCACCACUGUCGAGUUUUCCUGAUUUGGAGAGUUAAGUAUGAUGAACUGGUGGGAAGCCCAUUGGUAUCCACAACCAGUUUCAGGGUGCUUUGCUGGGGACUGAUGUCAAGUGCCAAACCCCAGCUCCUCCAUUUUGAGAAAGACCCAGACGUCCAAGCUCAAAGGAAGUCAUCAGUCUACUAAUACAAGUGGUAACCUUUCUGUGUUUCUAGUUUUUACACUAAGAAAGCAUAUAAACAAUUUUAUAUAAUCAUUUCCAUUAAAUGAGCAAGUUUUCAUAAAACGUAAAAAAUAGGCUGUUUUUUAAGAGUUCAUCCAGAAGACCUUGUAGGCAGUGAUAUUUGCAUCAAUAUCUAGCUUUCUCUUUAACAUAAGAGCUACAAUACAAUUUUAAAAUACACCGAGGUGAGUAUUUGGUAUAGUAGUUAAGAUGCUGCUUCACUCUGUCAGAGGGCCUGGGUUCGAGUCCUGAUGUGCCUCCAAUUCUAACUUCCUGCUACUGCACACCCUGGGAGGCAGCAGAUGAAGGCUCAAGUAUUUAAGUACCUGCCAUCCACUUGGGGGACCUGGAUUGAGUUCCAGGCUUCUUGCUUCAACCUAACCCAGCCCUGGCUCUUACUGGCAUUUGGAGAGUGAACCAGCAUAGGGAACAGCUCUCUCCAUCUCAAAUAAAAACAAGAAUGUUUUUAAAAGUUUAUUUUUAAUUUAUGCACUUAUUUUUUAAAUUAUUUAUUUGAAAGGCAGAGUGGCAGAGGUUCCACCUGAUGGUUCAGUCCCCGAAUGGCUGCCAUAGCCAUGUCUCUGGGCCAGGGUAAAGCCAGUAAUCAGGAACUACACCCUGGUCUCCCACUUGGAAGUGGCAGAUGCCCUUGGCCCAAUGUCACCCUUGUCAGGCAUGUUAACAGGAAGCUGGAUCAGAAGUAAAGCAGGGGCCAGCAUUGUGGUAUAGUGGGUAAGGCUGCCACCUGCAGUGCCAGCAUCCUAUAUGGGUGCUGGUUCGAGUCCCGGCUACUCCACUUCUAAUCCAGCUCCCUGCUGUGGCCUGGGAAAGCAGUAGAAGAUGGCCCCCAAGUGCUUGGGCCCCUGCACCCACGUGGGAAACCCAGAGAAGCUCCUGGCUUUAGAUCAGCGCAGCUCCUGCCACUUGGGGAGUGAACCAGCAGAUGGAAGACCUCUGCCUCUCUCACUCUGCUUUUCAAAUAAAUAAAUCAAAAACAAAGAAGUAAAGCAGCUGGGACUCAAAACUGGGCUCUGAUAUAGCUGUCAAUGUUGCAAGUGGCAGCUUUCCCUGCUGUGCCACCAUGCCAGCUCUUUUUUUUUUUUUUUUUUUUUUUGACAGGCAGCGUGGACAGUGAGAGAGAGAGAAAGAGAAAGGUCUUCCUUUUGCCAUUGGUUCGCCCUCCAAUGGCCACCGCAGCCGGCGCACCGCGCUGAUCCGAAGCCAGGAGCCAGGUGCUUCUCCUGGUCUCCCAUGGGGUGCAGGGCCCAAGCACUUGGGCCAUCCUCCACUGCACUCCCUGGCCACAGCAGAGAGCUGGCCUGGAAGAGGGGCAACAGGGAUAGAAUCCGGCGCCCCAACCGGGACUAGAACCCGGUGUGCCGGCGCCGCAAGGCAGAGGAUUAGCCUAGUGAGCAGCGGCGCCGGCCCCAGCUCAUGUUUUAAGUUUAAUUUCCUCGAUCUCUGCAUCUAUUUUGGAACAUUCAGCUUUGUACAGCCCCAUCUUCAAAAGUACCUAGACCGCAGCUUUCCCAAUUUUCUUAUGUGAUACUGCAGAAAACUUGCCAAAAAUUCAUUUUUCAAGUACAUGUACAAAGUUUGGCUCUAACUCUAGCUAGCUCCAUGAACCAAAUUUCAGCCCAUGACAGAUUUGGUUGCAUUGGAAAUUACUGGGAAGUAGUCAAGAGGAGACCUAGUCUUCACCACUAUGGUAUAUGAAGGGCUGUAAACUAGGUAACAAUUUGAAGAACGUCAGGCUGAAUGUCUUUCAUUGAAUAUUCCAGCAUUAUUUAUUUAAUCAAAGUAAAAUACACUUUCCAUCACUACAAACUGAGCACAACUACAGUUCUUUACAUAUCCAUAUUUUUAUGACGUGCCAACAUAUUGCAUCCUACAUGAACCAUUUGGUUUGAAAAAUAUCUUAGAGUUCUCUAUUGUUUCCUAUCGUCUCUCCCACCCUCUGAAGACAUUUUAUAUUACUUCCCAGACACCUACAUGGUAUGGAAGAGAGUGCUAGACUUACCAUGUUUAGGGGAUGAAUGGCAAACCCAACUUUGGCUAAUGUCAUUGAGAACUAGGAAGCAUGAGCAGAGAUAUUCCAGGAGGGGGCAGUAGAUCUACAUUCUCAUUUCCCAGAAGCAAGUAUGAAAGGUUACAUACGUGAGAAACUAUUAGAGGUUAAAGAUGGCAGACACAAUCACUAAUUAAAAACCAAAAAGCAUUAUGAAUAUUUUUCUACAUAGCUUACAUAUAAAUGAUAUUCCCCGGUAGUAUCCUGAAUCUGUUUUUAGUAAGGGGUUACUUGGAUAGCCAUGGAGUGCAGGUUAGUAAAUCCUAAUGUUAGUGUUAACACAUGCAUAGAAAAAAAGCCACAGUUCGUCCUUAAACUCUCCCAAAGGCUUAGAACUGGGGGAGGUUAAUAAGUGAAGUUUUGAAAAGAAACUGAAAUGCACCUUGACGGACAGUAGUACAAACCACACACUCCCCUCGGCGGCUGCUACUCUUCUCACAUCCCAAAGACAGAGGAUUCCUGAAGGGCACCUGAAAAAUCAAUAUUUUCCCAGACUGUUUUGGUCUCCUACUUCGAUUCAUCGGUAAGUGCUGAGUUCCGUCUUUCUUAGUUUCAUUUUUUAUCUUCUCGAAGAUGUUCCAAAAUGCGUAUUAUCACGUUUAGGUCUUCAUGUAUUUGAAAAAUGGUAUCAGCACCUUGACAAUGAGCUGGCUCUGGAAAAACAUUCCUUUAUCCUUGUCCCAGAGAAAGCAGAUGGGAGGUAGAAGGUUUGCUUUUGUGGCUCUGGAUAAUAGGGAGAAGAAGCAGGGGGUGGGGAUAAUGGGAGAAGAAAAAUCCAAAUCCAAAUCUGUAAGGA